AUGACAACCAUAGUAGUUCCAUUUCCAACUUGAAUAUUUCCUGUCUCCAUUCGUUACAAUAUGUCUACUAACGAAGAGUUAUUAGCAGUCAAUAAUGAACAAAUAGGCGCAAAAGAACGCCGAUCAAGUUCCUUCACUGAUCGUUUGUCCAUCGGACCAAUUGCUGCUGCAACACGUCUUAUGUCUUCUUUUUCAAGACAAUCUCAGCCUACAGCCUCAGCCGAAUUAACUGAUACGAAUAAUAAAUCUUCCACAUCAUUAUCAUUUUUCAGCCCAUUUACCAAACGCUUAUUACCAACACGUAAUCGUUCAACGUCGCCAAAAUCUGCUCCAACUCUAUCAACUUCAAGUCCGUUUCUAGUAAACUCUCCUCACACUAUGCGCAGUUCAGCAACAACUCCAUCUGGAUUGAAUUACAAUCUGAAAUCUCCGACAACAUGUGCUCCCAAUAUAGACUCGGCACCGGAAACAGUCGAUCUAGAUUUUAAUUUCGAAUUAACCUACAAUCAACUACGUGAAUUAGCAGAAGUUAAUUGUAAUUAUUUUACUCAACAAAAAACCGAUGUCUGCCGACGAUUUGAACAUCUUCUAAUUCAAAUUUUACAUUCAGUUGAACUAUCCGUACCAUUAAUACAAUACUUACGAGACAAUUUUCAUCAUUUUGACUAUAGUACCGAAAUUCGAGCCAACGGUUAUCGAACAUUGGCUGUUGCACAUGGUCAAGCAUGUUUACGUACACUAGAUAUUCUCCGACAAGUUGAUACGAAACGUGUUGGUCUUCUGUUUAAUCUGAUGUACUCAUCACGGUUAUUUCAAGACUUGGAAUCCUGGACGAAAGUUCUCGUUGGCAUGCAGCAUCUUCUUUCGUUUUCGGUGAAAAUGGUUGAUUAUUCCUGCAAGAAAGUUCUAUGUAUCGACGCGAAUGAAGUACCAUUAGAUGUCGAAUUGGAAUAUUUCAGAAUUGUUGCUUUUGAUUCGGAAUAUUUUUUUGGUAGAACGUGUGGAUUUCAGUUUGCACAAUCAAUGCAAACAAUGCUUACUUUCCUGCUCGCUGGUCUAGCUACUUAUCAUGAAACAUACAAUCGAUCAAUUCCUUUUGCAGCUGCUCGUCUUGCCACUGCACCGAAGUAUAUACUAUUUCCUGAACAACGAGCAAAAAAGUGCGCCACAAUAUUUCGUGACUGUGAUUACUUAUUCUGUAAAUCGUUUUGGAACCUUGUUGAUCAUGAUUAUAUUAAAAUGGGUUCACGCUAUAUUGCACCUAGUGUGACUGUUUCGAAGUAUUUUCAAAUUGGACCAGAACCGAUAGAACUGGAUUCAAUCAUUGUUCCACCACCAACGGCCAGUGCUGGUGUAGAAGAGCCGAAAGGGCAAGUAUCAGGCACUAUCGGCGCAGGUUCAGAUAAUCCAACCGGUUCGGGUAGUGCCCAACCGAAACAACUUGUGAACGUCAAACUUUUGUCUAGUCAAGUACGAGAAGGUAUGAGUGAGCUUCCGUUACGAAAAGGUGACUUGGAAACAUCAGCGACGAAAACUUUACCAAUGAGUGAUCAAAUUUUAAUGCAUGUUCAUGGUGGCGGUUUUAUUGCCACGUCAUCAACAACUCACGAAGUCUAUUUACGACCAUGGGCGUUAGCUUUGGAAAUACCGAUUGUUUCCGUAGACUAUUCUCUUGCACCUGAAUAUCCAUUUCCGCGCGCCAUUGAGGAAUGUUUCUAUGCUUACGCAUGGAUCCUAAAAAAUGCUAGUAAACUUGGUUGGACGGGCAAAACAAUUCUUUUAGCUGGUGAUAGUGCAGGUGGAAAUUUAAUCACAGCUGUAACUAUCAAAGCUAUUGAAGUUGGACUACGAAAGCCCGAUGCAAUCAUUUGCUUUUACACGCCAUUUCUUCUUGGCUAUAGUAUGUCACCGUCACGUUUAAUGGCUAUUAUGGAUCCAUUGUUGAAUACAGGAUUUCUCUGGCGUUGUCUUGCAGCUUAUGCUGGUAUUAAAGUUGACAAUGAACCACCUCAAGACGAACUUACUUCGACAAAAGGUAGUCAGAUCACACCUGAAAACGACCUUCAGAACAACGUCGCUAGUCCAUCAGUACGACCAACUGUUCCUGAACAACAAUCACAACCGAAAGUACAGGCUUCUGGUCGAAUGCGUGAAGAUACAUACUAUGCUCGACUAUCUGAUAUCGUUGGUUCACGGCAAGCUUAUCUUCUUCGAAAAUUACGUGAAUCAACACUACCUAAUCAUCCCUACAUGUCACCACUACGUGCUCCCGAUGAUAUUUUGAGACAAUUUCCAACAACCUAUCUGAUCCCAUGUGCACGUGAUCCAUUUAUUGAUGAUAAUAUUGAAUUCGCUCGACGAUUGGCCACACUCAAUGUUCUACACUAUUUCAUAGUAGUCGAUGAAUGGCCACAUGGAUACUUGGAUUUUGGUUUUGCAUCGAAUGAAAUCGCUCAGUACAAUGUUGAAAUUAUCAACAUGAUGCAAACUAUCGUUCGACAAUCAAUUUCUAAUGAUACCGGUGAUGUCGCUUCCGUGCCAUCUUUUACAGAUUGA